AUGGCUUCACAAACCUUCUUUCACGAGUCAAUAGAAUGGCCGCAUCUAAAGGCUGACGCACCAGAAUCUCUUCGAGGGCUCUUUCUUCAUAGUUCAGAAUUUGAUGCUAGCCUGGCUGAUUGUUUGUCAACGCAUGAUUGGGGAAAUACGAUUGAAACGUUGCCUAAUAUGGCAAAUUACUUUUCUAUCGUCCGUCAAAUUGACCAUGGCUCCAGUGGGAUUAUCAUGAAGGUCAAAUUAAAUGAUGACAUGCACUCUGACAGGCAGAAUAUUUCGGAAAAGUUGCACGAUCUACAACUAUCCGAAAGAUCUAACUCGAUGGCUAGUGAAACUUCGUCUGCCCGAAGCACCCCUACACCACAAAAGUCGUAUGGCCAGUUUUUCGUGCUCAAGGAGUUCAUUCAUCCAGACAACAAAUCACAGGAUUCGUACAAUUUCGAUGCUGUGAAUGAGUACCUUGUGCUAAAAGCGGCAUGCAGGCACACAGGGUCGAAUCGAUGGCUUGCAUCUGUUUAUGGUUUGCUGUAUGACUCAGCGUCGAAUUCUUUGGCUAUGGCUCUUGAUUUUUAUCCAAAUGGUGAUCUUCUCAGUCUGCUAGUUAGAGCCCGAAAACACAAAAUAGAUGUAUCACGAGAUUUCAUUGAUAUGGCAUUCUACAAAGUGUUUCUUGCCGUGAAGUUUUUGCAUUAUCGUAACAUUGUCCAUCGGGACAUCAAACCGGAAAAUGUGCUCAUAGACUCAAAUGGACAAUUAAGGCUUGGCGAUUUUGGAUAUGCGGUCGAUCUGAGCCGGAUCAGCGACUAUCGACUCGACGGCAACUACUUAUCGCUAGGCACAAGAUCGUUCAAGGCACCGGAAUUGUUCAAGUACAAGCAGAUCGGCGACAAGGAAGUCGACGCGGCAGAUGUAGAGUUUGCGUCGAUCGACGUGUGGUCGCUUGGCAUCUUGUACUACCAACUCCGGACGCUGUCGAAGCCAUGGAUCGAGGCGACGCCUGCCGACGCGUCGUUCAAGGCAUACCUGCGGAUUCAUGAGACGGUUACAAGUUCGAAACUGGAUGGAUACGGAAUUCGCCAACUUUUUGCCACAAGCAAGAAAAUCGAUCAUGGAUUUACCAAAUUAACGAGAGACGAGACGGUCACCACUAUGUUGGCACUGCUCGACCCGGAUCCGCGUCGAAGAGCGUCGAUCCGCCAGUUGGGGCUGACUGAGUGGAUAAUCCAGCUCAGGCUGAAGUACGAAAAAAUUAGUAAAACUAAAAAAUCACUACGCGAUAACGAAGUUUUGAGACUGGCAACAUUGAAGUGA